UUUUUGAAGUUUGGCAACCCUGGAAUAUUUUUAUGCAGUCGCGUCUGGACUUUUUGUUUCUAUCAGUACACUAUUCUUAAUUCGGAAGUUUGUUUAAGAUUUUUUGUUCGGAGGAGGUUGAAAACACAGUUAAAAUACGUAUAUCAUCUUCGUAUGCAAGAAUAUUUCUUGAGGAGCUGUUAAAAUGUUACUUAAUAUUUCGAACGUAAAUAUAAAAGACGAACCAGUUGAUUAUCCCGAAAAUAUUGAGACCAUGGAAGUCACAUUUCAGGCCGAUGAAGCCACUAUUGUUGAAGUAGACCCAAUGAAUUUGUUAGAACCCGUGGCGGAGCGUUGCAGCGACGAAGAACAGGACCAAAUGAAUGUAACUGCUAACGGCAAUGACGAGGGAACUGUUGAAAAGUGGCAGAAUUGGAUGAGAACUUUUCCAUGGUUAUUACACAGGUCAGGAAAACGUCUCGGCUUUUGCCUUUAUUGCGGGAAAAAUUUGACCGUCGAGGGAACUUCUUAUUUACAAAGGCACGAUGGAGCCUUGAUACAUAAGGAAAGGCAACAAAACUACGAAGCAUUUCUACGUAGUUGUGAGGAAACAUUUAAUGAAAACGGCUUAUGUGAUAUAAAAAAAGAGAUAGACCCUGAAUCCGCAGAACGGCUUUCGGUAGAACUAAUAGAAAAACGUUUAGGGAAGUCUAAGGAACUGUCCGAUUUUAAUUGGAAAAAUUGGCUAGCUGCUCACAGCUGGUUAGAACGUGAGAAUAUCGAAGACGAAGUCGGAACAAAGGGUUAUUGUAAAUAUUGUAAAUGCGUAUUCGACGUGGAGUUUUCACUUACUAGAAAAAGGCACGAAAACGCUGCUAAACACAAACUUGGUGAAAAAAUGUUCUUAAAUCAAGCUAAUGAACAAUAUUCAAAUGAAACAGCGGAAGUUAAUCAUGAAAUAUUUGGAAAUGGCUUUGACAGAGGGGAUGAAGUAGAGGAUGGUGAAAACACAAUAACAAGAGUAGAUAAUCAUAUUACCAGUAAGGUAUUGAAAGGACGCUUAUUCGACAAAGUAGCAAACAAAAGUACUCAUCGUUGUUGCCGUGUUUGUAGAGUUGUAAUGGAUAAACACAGCUGCAGGAAACACAUGAAGUCAAAGCAACAUCGGAGGAAUAUGCAGGCGCUAGCCAUCAGUUCCAGAAAAGAUAAAAAAAUCAGUAUUUGCCAAGUAAAUGGGAAUAAUAUGCCAAUCGACUGGAGCAAGUACACCAAGAUCCACAGUUGGAUUUGUGCAGAUCCAAAUGAUCCUAAAUACGCGUACUGUUCAUAUUGCGAAAAACGUUUUAUGUAUGGGUUGUCAAGCGUAAAAAGAACUCUUCAUGAAAAAUCACAUUCACAUCGCGAUGCUGUGAAGCGAAAACUCGGUGAGGGUAAAGUCAAUGGUGACUCUACAAACAAACCGGAUUCCAUGCAGCAAAAUGAAGGAGAAAAUGUUGAAUUUGAAUGCGAAGAAAGUGAGCGUGCAGCAAAUGACAGCAACCUGAAACGCAAACGCGCCAUUUAUACCGAUGAGUGGUUUGAAUUAAAUCCGUGUUAUCAGAGAAACAAAGAGGAUGAGGACUAUAUCUAUUGUAAAUGUUGUAAAGUACUGCUUUUAAUCAAAAACUUGAAUCUCGGCAAGCACGAAAGGGCGGAACGUCACCGUUUUUCCCAAAAUAUACAGGCUCAGCAGUUAAAGGGAGACAAGUUAACUGUUACAAAUUUGCACCAAGUACGGAAAGAAAAACAUGUAAAUUUACCCUGGAUAAGACGUACAAAGAAUGGGCAAACCUUUUGCAAGUUUUGUCGAGUUGUACUAUCCCGUCAAUACCGGCCGGCUCUACACGAACGUACAGAGCGACAUAAAAUAGCAGCACAAAUAUUUCUUGCAAGAAAGAGUAGACAAGAUAGCAAUGGCUUAAAAACUGAAAAUCAUCACUCGGGUGUGACUCGAGAGGGAAGUAUUGCCAGUGAGGAGGAGGUCAAACCAACAAUGGAGGGCACUGAUGAUAAUGUACCGAACUGGCACAAAAAAUACGUUUGGCUAUCAUUUAGAGAAACGGAAUCACGUGAAUACUACGGUUACUGUAAUUAUUGUAAACAAGAUAUAUUCGUACCUACUACCAAGUUCGCUUUGAAGCAUGAGUGCAGUGCGAAUCACAUACGAUCACAAUUAACUCAGCAAAGCGAAAUAGAAAAAUCACAAAAUACCAAAACACAGGAUGCCAAUACUCAAAACAAUAUGAGUGCGAAACAUAAGCUGUAUAAAUGGCUUUUACCUGAUCCAGAAGAGAAUAGAAGUUUUGGCUAUUGUAAAUUUUGCAAAACUCGCGUUAUGACUGAGGGUUUGAUGGCUUUAGCUCAUCACAACUCGCGGAGCCACAGAACAGCCACUACAAUAUUUUUGAGUCAGAAAAACGAAGAUUUCGAUGAGAUCGGUCAAAAUAGUAUACUCGACGAUAGCACGACAGAGCAAUUACAUAAUAUGGAAGGUAUUAAUCCAGAUGAAACUUGUUCAGAAACAUCACUGGCUACACGCCUAACAAACGCUCACACGGAAAUGCUUAGCUUAAUACGUGAAAUGAGAGGCAAUAAGACGCGGCAGAACAUGACAUUGUUGUCGGGGCCACUUUCGACAGCUGCAUCGCUUUCGCCUUCGGAUGCUGAUAUUUGUUAUUCGCGCGUUUCAGAGCAACAUAAUGGAAAAUUGGAAUUGAAUGUUUUGAGUCAAGCUAAGCGAGAACGCAAUACCUACGAUUUGUUCUUUGAAAGCAUGAAUGAGACAGUAAAGCGAUUACCAUCCGACUUGGCUGCAGAAAGCCGAAUUAAAAUUAUGCAAAUCGUAUAUGAUUUAGAAAUGCGAGCGAUGAAACGUACAACAACACAGCAGCCAGCGCGUAGUCCGAACACGACACCGUUGUCGUCUCGUUCGACAAUAACCAUGAGAGAACGUAGCACUUCCAUAACGAAGCCGACUGCUGCUGAAACGAUCAUUCCAGACAAAGGCGAGCAAAGUACAAAUCAAUGCAAUGUAAACGAAACGCCGUGAACAAAUACUAGUAUAUACCACCUAUUUUAUUUAUAUACUUACAUUUUUUUAUUUAACGAUUUUAAUUAAUUUUUGUGUUUCAAUGCCAGAACAGUUAAGAAAAAUAUAUUGUAUGUAUAUUGGCGAAGUUAUUUCCAUGUGGAUUUUAUUGAUAAGUGGAUUUUUAUUGCGCUAUAUUGCUCUUAAUGUAUUUUAUUUAAACCUAGCCGCAACUGGUUUCUAGGUGACGCAUCUUAUUGCAUUAAGCUAAACUACUUUUGAGAUAUUUAACUGUACUAACUUGAUCAUUGACUUGCCUCUCUAAUUUCAAAGAAAGAGAAAAAUAUAUAUUAUUUUGGGUCAAUCUGAGACGCUCGAUCUACGUAUAGGAAUUCUUAGCAGUUAUGGAAAAACAUUAUUUAAUAUAUUUGUUUAAGCUUCAUCUCAUAUGUCCUCUUAGUUAUGGCUUCAUCAACGUAAAAUUUAAAAAUAUGUCUGAUAUAGUCGUAUGUACAUGCAUACACACAUGUAUUAUUAAGUAGAAAUGUAAGUGUAAUGAGUGGUAAAAUUAUCACCAUUAGUAAAGUUUUUGAAAAAAUACAAAUAAACGAAUAAGUAUUUUUAAAUUUAACAUAA